AAAUCCUUGCAAUUUUCUAAUAUUUUGAUUCACGGAUCAUCGUCAUCUCCCUCCAAAUUUCAACUCUGUUUUUUUUCCCAUGAAGCAAAACCUGUUACAUUGUUCUUAUAUGUUGCUGAUAUGCAGGUAUCCAGAACGAUAAAAAUUGUAGAAAAAUCGAAUGUUUAUCCAUCUAUUACUGUAUUUAAAUUGUUGAGGAAGAAUGUAUGCGAAGAAUGAAGAGACGGAUGACGACCAUGUACCAGGAACUAGCCUCUAUGACCUCUUACAUUUGCAUGAACAAGAAAACAGAAGUGACGAGUUAGAUGAACAAACACCAUCUCCAUCUAACAGUGCAAAACAUAGGCUGGCAAGUUUUUCGUCUGAAUCUGGUAAUGACUUGUGUGCAGAUUGUGGAUCUCCGAAUCCAAAAUGGGUAUCUGCAAACCUUGGAGCAUUUGUCUGCAUCAAGUGUUCAGGAGUACAUAGAAGCCUCGGAGUGCAUAUAUCAAAGAUAUUAUCAGUGAAUCUAGACGAGUGGACAGAGGAAGAUGUUGAUAACGUGAUAAAAUUGGGUGGAAACACCGCAGUAAAUUUCAAAUAUGAAGCCAGCAUUCCAGACAACCGUAGAAAACCACAACCAGAUUCUUCAACAGAUGAGCGUUCUGAUUUUAUCAGGAGAAAGUACGUAAUGCAACAAUUUUUGGACGCCGAGGAACAAUUGUCUUGCCCCUUCCCAGCGGCCUUCCACUGUAGUUCAACGGGCUUGAAUUCUGUAGUGGAGAAGAAGUAUAUAAACAGUGUGCGUAUACAAAAUAUCGGCCAAGCAUUUCUCAACAACAGGAAAAGAAAAGAUGCUGAAAAUAAGCCUGGAAGGAAAAGUAACUCGACGGCAGGUAUGGUUGAAUUUGUUGGUUUGAUCAAGGUCAAUGUGGUCAGAGGCAUCGACCUUGCUAUCCGAGAUGUGAGAAGUAGUGAUCCUUAUGUUAUGCUCUCGUUGGGAAACCAAUCAGUGAAGACGCGAGUUAUAAAGAACUGCCUCAAUCCUGUUUGGAAUGAAAAGCUAAUGUUAUCAAUACCCGACAAUGUUCCUCUUUUGAAAGUUAGUGUUUUUGACAAGGAUAAGUUCACAACCGAUGAUUUUAUGGGUGAGGCUGAGAUCGAUAUUGAACCGUUGGUAUCUGCUGCCAAAGCGUUGGAGAAUUGUAAGGUGAAUGAGCUAUCAACACAACACGUAAAACCGGCAGAAGGAAAAGACAAUGCCGUCCAAGUUAACGACGGUGUGAUCACACUGGCAGAAGCUUUGGCGAAUUUUAACAUGGAUGAGCUAUCAACACAAGUAAAAACGACAGAAGGAGAAGACAACAAUGCCCAAGUCAACGACGGUGUGAUCACACUGGUGGAAGGGAAGGCGAAGCAAGAGAUUGCUAUAAAACUCCAAAAUGUGGAGAGUGGUGAGCUACAGAUAGAGCUCGAAUGCGUGCCAUUGACCCAAUAGCAGGUCUAGAAAUACACCAAAAAACAAACUCCAUGGAUCGUUAUGAACGAAAAGAAUGGUGGAAAUAUGAUAAAGAUCCAAUGAUAACGUUAGGCUAUUUAAAAAACGAACAAUGGGCAUCAACUUGUUAUCGUGUCGGCAUUCAUGAUAUGCAUUUGUUACUAGAUCGUGGUUUGGAAAGGUCUGUGUACAUCCUACUCUUAGACUCCGUCUUUGUGUGGGUUUAUUGGCCAGUUUUAAGAUUUAUUGUGUUGGUUUGGUUUGGUUUGGUUUGGUUUGGUUUGGUUUGGUUUGGUUUGGUUUACGGGUGUGGUGAGUAGAGUGAUCCAUGUACUUGUGUAUGUAUCAUGUAAUGUUGAUGUGUAUGUAGAACUCCUCUUU